AUACAUUAUCUGUGAAUCUUGUAAUCUUUUCUCUUCAUGAGCAUUGUUGUUGCUGUUGUUGUUGUUGUUGAUAUCUUCAUCAGUAUUAUUGUUGUUGUUGUUGUGUAGGACCUGAGCUCAUUUGCCAUGCCCUUCCUGGAGGGGGAUACUGAGCACUCGGACAAGGGCGCUAUACACAAGGGGGAGGUGGGAUGCCAUUCAGUGAGCCCAACCAAAGGCUUCUUCGCACGGAGCCCCUUCAGCCGCCCCUCCAGCCACCCCACCAGCCCCCUGUCCGCCCCCGUGCGCUCCCGGAACAGCCCCAGCUCCCCCAAGACCAUCUUCCCCUACCCGUCACACCAGGACUCCCCGCCCAAGUCCCCGCGCCGCCUCAGCUUCACGGGCAUCUUCAGGCCCUCCUCCAGGGACUCGGGCUCCACCUCCACCUCUCCAGUCAGCAUCAAGUUCUUCUCGAGAGCGCGCAAAGCCUCUGGAAUGUCCUCCCCGCCCGCCACCCCUCCGACUCAGGUGACGAAGCCUCUGUCGUUCCCCGUGGAGGUCUACCGCAGCGAAAGGCCGGAGGAGCGCCAGGAGAGAGCCCAGCGGCAGAUGGAGGUGCGGCCGCGCUCCCUCUCCUCACCCCUGGACACGGGCCAGCGCCUCAGCCUGCCCCCUCCUCCUCCUCCUCCUUCCGCCAAGCCACCCCUCACCCCCUCGUCUGCCCCCAUCUCUACCUCACAACUGGUCCCCGGUCUUGUUGAAGGCAUGCUGGAGAAACUUGACCUCGAGGAUGAAGUUGUUGAAGAAUCUGAGAGUGACAUUUACACACGCUUUAUGAAAUCCCACAAGUGCUACGACAUCGUUCCCACAAGUUCCAAGCUGGUUGUUUUUGACACAACGUUGCAAGUGAAAAAGGCGUUCUUUGCUCUGGUGGCCAAUGGCGUCCGCGCCGCCCCUCUGUGGGAGACCAAGAAGCAAAGCUUUGUGGGAAUGCUAACCAUCACAGACUUCAUCAACAUACUACACAGAUACUACAAGUCGCCCAUGGUACAAAUCUACGAGCUGGAGGAACAUAAGAUCGAGACGUGGAGAGAGCUCUAUCUACAAGAAACAUUUAAGCCUUUAGUGAACAUAUAUCCAGAUGCAAGCAUAUUUGAUGCUGUGUAUUCGCUGAUCAAAAACAAGAUCCACCGGCUGCCCGUGAUUGACCCGGUCAGUGGGAACGCACUUUAUAUCCUCACCCACAAGAGGAUCCUCAAGUUUCUCCAGCUCUUUGUGUGUGAGAUGCCAAAGCCGGCCUUCAUGAAGCAGACCCUGGGGGAGUUGGGCAUCGGCACCUACAGCGACAUCGCCUUCAUCCACCCCGACACGCCCAUCAUCAAAGCCCUCAGCCUCUUCGUGGAGCGCCGCGUCUCCGCCCUGCCCGUCGUCGACGAGUCAGGAAAAGUGGUUGAUAUUUAUUCCAAGUUUGAUGUCAUAAACCUUGCUGCUGAGAAGACCUAUAACAACUUGGACAUCAGUGUGACUCAGGCCCUGAGACAUCGCUCACAGUAUUUUGAGGGGGUGAUGAAGUGCAACCUUAUGGAGACUCUGGAGACCAUCGUGGAUCGGAUAGUCAAAGCCGAGGUGCACAGGCUGGUGGUGGUGGAUGAGAACGCCAGUAUCGCGGGCAUCGUGUCCCUGUCGGACAUCCUGCAGGCUCUGGUUUUGACCCCUGCAGGGCUGGAGAAGCGUAAAGAGACUGUGGUGGAGUAAGGAUCAUGCCGCUGCCACCUGUUGAGUUGCACCAGCUGCCGGAGCUGGAGUGGGCACAGCCCUCCCCUACAGCCGGGGUGGCACAGCGGGCAUGGGUGUGGGAGGGGGCCAGGGGUGGGGGGCGGUUGGAGGCAUGGAGCGGAGCGCCGGACAGGGCAGCAGCUGGUUGGUCCGGUGGGGUGGGGUGGGGGUCAUCAGGUGGACCACCAAAGAUUGCUUUUCAAUGACGAGGAGGGCUACAGGAUCAGUUUUACCUCUCUGCUUACCAUGUCCCUCUUUUCUCUCUCUCUCUUUCUCUCUCUCUCUCUCUCUCUCUCUCUCUCUCUCUCUCUCUCUCUCUCUUCCCCAUUCUGCCUGUUUUACAGAGAUUAUAUGCCAUCAUAACUCUGUGUCUUGCGUGUGUGAGACGCAGAGCAUUCGGCUGUUUCUGUCUGUGAUGUACACUCAGAAGAGGACAAGAGAGUUUGAAACAUAUCUUUAUCUGACAUGGAUAGGUUCUGUCUUUACAGUGGACGGGUGGCGUCGCCGUGGAGCACCACGCUCGUCCACUCCCCCCUCCUGCCUAGGCUGUGCGUCGGCAGAACCUUCGGAUUGACGCUUUAUUUUGCAUCGAUUGAGGAAACAAGCAUUCUCUUCUUUUCCGAAUAUUAUCAGACCACCCUUUAACCUGUAAUGAUGUUAUACCCUCAGUCCACCUCUGGGAUUGAAACCUACUACCCCCUUCCUACCCCGCUAUGACAUGAAAGCUUAGGGCGGAGCCUAUUCGUAAGUCUGUCAUUUGUGCCUUUUGCUGCCCCUCUGUCGUCGUCGUCGUCGCUGUGGUGACGUGAGCGAGAGUGCACAAAUGAGAGUGUUGAAAAUGUACUCAAAGUGACAUGAAUGUGAGCAUAUCUACAUAACAAAAAAUGAACCAAAACAUAAUCCAGCAAUGGAUUGGUUGUCAUUAUAUUUUGUUGCUUUAUAUGAGGUUUUUUUGUUUCCUUCAGUUUUCUAUAAGGACUUGAGUUUUGGUCUGUGUUUAUUUUUGUUUUGGAUUACUGAUGCUGUAAAGGUUAGAAUCGGAGCUUUAUUUAUUUAUAUUUAACAGAGAUCCUUUCUUUUUUUUGAAUGAGUAAUAAUUUAGAUACAGUAGGAAAAACAAUAUUAUGCCUGUUGCCCCUAUGCAUUACUGUGGUGUGACGACGAUCACGUUGCUCAAUGCAGUUGAAAAUUACAGCUGCUCCCUACAGACCUGCAUUUUUUGUUUUGUUUGUUUGUUUGUUUGUUUGUUUUGUUUUGUCCUGCCGCCAGAGGCAUGCAAGUCGUCUGUACUGCUCCUUACCUUAUCAAUCGUACUGUACAUAUAAGAGCUCCUCCUGAGAGAAAAAAAGAAAGAUCUAUAAGUGCCAGACAAAAAGGUCUAUUUUUCUGUGUAUUGUUAAAUCAUGUUUGUAAUAUUUCAGAUUUUUGUUUGUGUCAUUUUUACGGUGGGUGCGUGAUGUGUAUGCACCCCGAUGAGGGUUCCCAUAGUGGAACACAACUGGCAUGGGAACAGUUUGUGAACAACGGUUAUGUUCUGUACAUUUCUUUUGGAAGGAGAAAAUAAAUUCUACUACUGAA